GGGAAUCCGACGACACGCGGUCCGAGAUGAUUAAAGUCCGGUGGUUUCCCUCCGUCGUACACGACAGCACCCUUUCCCGGUGCUCGACAUCGUCUAUACGCCCUAUGCAGACACCGAAAUGGCGACUCGAACUCGAUCAUCAGACGCUAAUCCAUCCAAGACCAGUCCAACACACACACAGAGGAUCCAUGUACGGCCGUUGUUUGACGCGAGCACAAGUGGCGGUCAUAACACCCACACACCCUCUAUUCGGGUCCGUCCACUAUUUGAUCCGUCAGCUACUGCUUUUCCCAAGGCCAAAUGGGCUGGGGGUCCUGAAAGAGAUAUCUCCGAUGACCUUCAGAUUCCUUUUCUACCACUUCACCCACCAUUAGGGCCCACUUUUCUUGACACUGAAGCAUGUCUUUGUCGACGCGAGCCGGAUCCAGCCAUAUCAGAGAACAAGGCGGGGAGUCUUCUCUGGCGAUGCUCGGGGAACCAAACGGUAGCUGAUAUCGACUUCACCACGGGAAAGUGGUUCAAGCCCAUCAACAACGAUGGAAAAGAUGCCCGCCAAGUCCUAGAACUACCAAUGAACGAUGGAUCGAACCCCCCGCUGAGAGAACACCCCUUUCGAUGGGAUCACGAAUCCUCGUCUUUGGUCCCUGGAACGGAUGGCUUGGGUGUUUGGGACCAAGCCUGCACGGGAGAAAAUCGAACCUCAUUCUCGACAUCAUACUACCGUGCCGUAGAGCAGCGAGACAGAAACGAAGCUCCAGUGGACGCAGCCCCAUGUUGGAGACCUGGCGCAGUACCCUUGAGGUUGCAGGAUGUGGACGACUGGAAGACGAGAGGAUGUCUUCCUGGCUUUCAGUGUCCGUUUCUCCGCUGGUAUGGGAUCGAGUUGCUAGCUCGCUAACUUCACUUCUAACAGGCCAAAACAAUACAGUCAACUCAUUGCCGCAGUUCUGUCCCCCAUUUGCCGAAUGCCAGAUGGCUCGAUUGGGUUACCACGCAUGCGCUAUCGAUGGGACGAACAUUGGGAUGGGGCCGUUCGAGCCGAUCAUCUGUCAAGCUGGGAAUUACUGCCCUCCAGGUGGCAAGACUACCUUUAGCUGCCCAGCCGGCCACUAUUGCCAGCCUGGAGCAGCGACACCCACCCCCUGUGCUGUUGGCAGUCUUUGCCCUGAGGGCUCCUCGUACGAACGGUACUUCAUCCCUCUGGGGGUCUUGAUUGCUCUCGACAUUUUUAUUAUCAUUGGAAUCAUCAUCCUCCGGUUCCGCAGUCGUCUUUCAUCGAGCGCCCAGGUUCAUCACAGCAGCUUGUCGAAGAAGCCGGAGUCGACAGUCGUUGGGUUAGCGAGGGCAGUAACCCGGCGCAAGUACAAAAGGAUAUCAGAGGAGGGUGAGAGGUCAGAUGAUAUGGACCAUGAGAUGCGAGCUGUGGGCAGUCAUCCACCGCUUGGUAGGGGAGAUGUUUGGGCUGGCUUUCAAGAAGCCUUGACCAUGCCUGUCCGGUCGUAUCGAAAUCCGGAGGGAAUUAUGAGCCCACAAGGAGAAGACCUGGAGAAGAGCCUUCCGCCCCAGAUUAGGGCCUUCAUCGACUCGAUGCGCAAGGCAACUGAUGCUUCUGAUAUUGGUCUAUCAUUCGGUUAUUCUCAGCUUGCGUUUCAGCCAAAAGGAACCAGUCGCCCAAUUCUGCAGGAUAUCACUGGCUCCAUCCGAAGCGGUACACUCACUGCGGUCAUGGGUGGUUCUGGAGCAGGGAAAUCAACAUUUGUCAAUGUCUUGAUGGGCAAGAUUGAGUACACUCACGGCAAGGUGGAGGUCAACGGAGUACCUGGGAAGCUGGCGCGGUACAAGAAGCUGAUCGGCUAUGUCCCCCAAGACGACAUCGUUCUUCCCGACCUGACAGUGCGGGAGAACAUUAUGCACUCUGCACGGAUACGCCUUCCUCGCACUUGGACUUCACAAGAAAUUGAGAACCAUGUUACCGCGGUCAUCGACUGCCUCGAGCUCUCCCAUGUCCGGGACUCUCUGGUUGGCAGUGUUGGAAAGCCUGUCAUCAGCGGUGGUCAGCGGAAGCGUGUCAGCAUUGGUAUGGAACUUGCCGCAGCACCAAUGGCGAUAUUUCUGGAUGAGCCAACAUCUGGUCUUGACGCCACGUCAGCAAGCUCCAUAAUGCGCACCCUCAAGGCUAUUGCGAGACUUGGCAUUUCUGUGAUUGCCAUCAUCCAUCAGCCAAGAAUGGAGAUCUUUGAAAUGUUGGACGACUUGAUUUUACUCGCCAAUGGCCAGCAGCUCUACGAAGGGCCAGAGUCGGGUGUUCAGCCGUUCUUUGAGAAGUUUGGUUACAUCUUUCCGAAACAUGCCAACUAUGGUGAUGUGGUGACGGAUAUCAUCACUGGGAAUGGAAGGGCGUACAAGACGUCUGGGGAUAUCUCAAAGGAUGCUUUGAUUGCUAAUUGGGUUGCGUGCCGGAAGGAGAUUCAGAGUCCGGUGGUGCCCACGAUGGAAGUGUCGCGGCCUGGUAGCCCUGAGAGUGGUUCGUCGACUGCGGGAGACGACGACAAUGAGCGGAGGAAUACUCGUGUCUCGGUGGUAAGACCUGUGUCACCUUUUACUGUCAACUUGGCCACUGCAAAGUCAAAGCUCCGUCAAAGCAGUGCUUCAGUUCUGGCUGUCGGGAAUUUCAACGCAAGCAAGGCACCCCUUGGCCGACUCCUCAAGAAACGCGGAGCCUCACGGCUCAAGCAGUUCACCCUAUGUCUAUCCCGCGCGUUUCUUCAGCAAUACCGCAACCUGUCCGUUUUUUGGUUUGAAGUUGGGCUUGCCGCCCUUGCUGGGUUUCUGUUGGGUCUGGCAGAGAAUGCGAAGAAUGGUGUGUUGUUCAUGGGACUUUACCACCGGCCCUAUGAGAUUCUUUCGACUGCGUCAGACUUCAAGUCAGCCCCCGAGAUGGCGUUGUUGACAGCCAUUGCUAUAGGUCUUGUCUCAGCCGCUCCGGGGGUGCGGGUGUUUUCCGAGGAGAUGCUGUUGCACAGGAGAGAGGCGGAGGCGGGGCACUCGAGGCUGGCGUAUUUCAUGGCGAAGAGUGUUUCUGUUUUGCCGAGAAUGACGAUGGCGUGCAUGCACUUUACAGUGCCGUUGUGGUUGUUGAGCACGCCUAUCAUGGGAUGGGGAUUGGGCUUUGCCGCGAAUUUGUGGUAUUUCUAUUGCAUUUUUGGACUGGCGAGUGUGAUUAGUAUGGUGGUCAAGAGGGAGGAUGCACCGCUGUUUGCAACGAUGAUUGCGUUGAUUGUGGGCAUUUUGAGCGGAGCAGCGCCGCCGUUGAGCAGUGUGCGAAACUGGCUAGAUACUAUCACAACAGCUCGAGUCUCGGAAAUCCUGCAUUCGGCUAUCGCGGUAAAAACAAAGGAUGGCCACCUGAUCUCGAUCAUCUACUCGGUUACCGAAGUCUGA